AUGGAGAAGUAUAGUGUGAAGCAUAGGGUGGCAACCCCUUAUUAUCCUCAGACAAGUAGGCAGGUUGAAGUCUCCAAUCGGGAGACAAAGACAAUUUUGGCCAAGAUUGUGAAUGUAAAUAGGAUUGACUGGGCGCGGAAGCUUGAUGAUGCUCUUUGGGCCUAUCGGACUGCGUACAAAACUCUAAUCGGGACUUCUCAUUUCAGACUGGUUUUUGUCAAGGCGUGCCACUUGUCAGUUGAGCUUAAGCAUAAGGCCAUGUGGUCUUUGAAGAAGUUGAAUAUGAAUUGGGAAGAAGCAACCAACCUUCGAUUGUUUCAACUCAAUGAGAUGGAUGAGUUCCGGUACCAGGCUUAUGAGAGUGCAGCAUUAUACAAGGAGAGGAUGAAACAAUAUCAUGACAAAACAAUCCUCAAGCAAGAAUUUUACAAGGGUGAUCCUCUCUUGCUGUAUAGAACUCGGACAUUUAAUGUGAAUGGGCAGAGGGUGAAGCACUACCAUGGUUGCAUUGAUGGGGAUAUAAUUGUUGAUAGGUACCGAUUGAAGUAUCUGGGAAUGGAUUUUGAUCCGGAGGACUCUCACCCUAAGUAA